GGACUGUUAUUUGCCAACUCUUGCUCACCAAUCAAUUUUUUUGCAUAAUCAGCGCUCUCACUCAUGCGUCAUUUUCCCAUGGAAACAUGCAUUAGGUUGUCAAAGAUGGCGGACUGAAACUAACACUUGAAAGGAACAAUAUUUAGAAAUUGUUUUAAAGAAAUGUCUUCUUUCGUAAAUUCGAAUGGUUUGGUUGACGAGUUUGAUAAAAAGAUGCGUUCCUUGUCGUCCUCUAAAGGAAAAAUGGAUUCUAUCGAUUUCAUCAACCAAAAGAUAAGAGACCUUGGCACAGAGUUGACGUCGUUUUAUCCUAAAAAUGAGCUUGUAAUAGAAAGUUACGGUGAAAUAAGAUCAAAUGUUAGUAGUAAAAGCGAAAAAAAUUUUAGUUUUGGACACUUAGAAAUUGAUUAUCGAGCUCCGAAGCAAGUUUCACGAAAGUCAGCUAUCUCAACGCAAGAAAAGAAAAGUCAAGAUGUGAAUAAGUUUGCUGGUGUUUACUCCAUGAGAACAGUCAUGGGAAAAAACACAAACCCUUUUCAUGCUCAUGGUGGAACAAUUAAUCCGACAAAGAAGUUACUUAGCAAGAUUCAACGAGAUGAAACUAAAGUUUCAAAAAGACCUUUACUUGUUGAGUGCAAUGCAGUUGAUUCGUAAUGCCGGGAAUCAUUUGACGUUCUUGGUAGCGAAAUCAGACGAUCACGUGGUCAUGAAGAUAACAUCGUCUACUUGUUGAAGUUUUGUCACGUGUCCUUACACGUGACUUCCUCUGUAGUGGUGGAAUGAGUUGAUCCACGACGCUGCUAGACACAUUGAUAAUGAAUGCUUUUAGAAUGAAACUUAAUUUGAAGAUUUAUCGUUCGUUGACUAUACUUGAGUGACUUCAACACAACUAUAUUUGCGUUUGUGUGGUUUAUAAAUUCUUACGUACAUGAUUCACUCUCUUUUAUUUAAAGUAAUUCUACGUACAAUUUUUAGUAUUUUCAUCUAACACAAGAGAAUUUAACUACGUUUUAGCAUUUGAAAAGCUUAUUUAUUUACUCCAUUUUCUCGAGCCUAGCUUCAUGGCUCAUUAUUUAUUAACUACAAUUCUGUUGUUUGCUCUACAAUCAAUGCAUAGUAUAUAGGAGAAUUUUUCUCGCGAUUUGUGUUUGAAAGUUUGGUAUAAAUUUUGUACAAAUUUAAAGUAAAUUAUGAUAUUUUCUCAAGUGAACGCGUGUUUUUGAGGAAUCAAUAUUAUUGUCCAGCAAAAAAAUAUGUAAAAAACGGCCAUUAAAAAUUGAAAU